UAAAGUCGGUCUCUCUGCUUCUUCGUUCUUAUCCUCUACCACCAUACCACCACCUUCAUCUUCUCCUUCUCCAUCUACAUCUCCAUCCCCAAAUUCAAAUCCUCCUCCAAUUUUCUCAUGAGAUUCUCUUCGAUUUCUUCAUUUUAUCAUCAAUCAAUCCACUCCCAACUCUAUUAUUCCUCUGUCGUUGAUCGCCCACGGAUCCCUAGAAUCAUGACCGUACCUGGAAUUUUAUCCGAGUUUGAAGAAGACGACAAUGGGAGAAUCGCUCACCAAACGGAUCACUUGUCAGAUGUCAUUUCGUCUGUUUCUGCCGGCCGUCGGAUCGUUGUAUCCAAUCAGCUACCGGUGAAAGCUCGAUUUGAUGCAAGAAUCAACAAAUGGGUAUUCCAAUAUGACCCGGAUGCACUCGUUCUUCAACUCAAAUCCGGGUUAGGAUCCGAUACCGAAUGCGUUUAUGUCGGAUCUUUACCCGUCGACGUCCCCCCCUCCGACCAAGAAGAAGUGGCUCAAACGCUGUUAGAAAAGUUCCGGUGCGUACCCACUUUCUUGUCUUUAGAAAUCCAAAAUAAAUUCUAUCAUGGUUUCUGUAAGCAUUAUCUAUGGCCUUUGUUUCAUUAUAUGUUACCCGUGACCCGUACCCAUGGGGUCCGAUUCGAUCGGGUCGCAUGGCAGGCCUACGUCUCUGCCAACAAAGUUUUUACAGAUAAGGUUAUGGAGGUUAUCAACCCAGAUGAAGAUUAUGUCUGGAUCCAUGACUAUCAUCUCAUGGUGAUGCCCACUUUCUUGAGAAAAAGAUUUCACAGGAUCCGGGUCGGGUUUUUCUUGCACAGCCCUUUUCCAUCGUCGGAAAUCUACCGGACUUUGCCCGUCCGAGAUGAGAUUCUCCGAGCUCUGUUGAACUGUGACUUGAUUGGCUUCCAUACGUUCGAUUACGCUCGCCAUUUUCUUUCAUGUUGUAGCAGAAUGUUGGGUCUCGAUUACAAAUCGAAAAGAGGCUACAUUGGUCUCGAAUAUUAUGGUAGAACAGUAAGCAUCAAGAUUUUGCCGGUCGGAAUCCACAUGGGUCAGAUAGAAUCCGUCAAAUCAUCGCCGGAAACCGCCACAAAAGUUGAAGAAUUGAGGCGGAAGUACGACGGAAAAGUGGUGGUUUUGGGUGUUGAUGAUAUGGAUAUGUUCAAAGGGAUUAGCUUGAAGUUUUUAGCCAUGGGGCAGCUCUUGGAGGACUAUCCUGGACUAAGGGGCUCAGUGGUUUUGGUUCAGAUCGUGAACCCGGCUCGAAGCAGGGGCCAUGACAUUCAAAAAGUCAAAACUGAGACCAUGAAGGUGGCUAAUGAGUAUGUUAGUUUUCAUGAUGUUGCUUAUUGGGCUCGGAGUUUCGAUCAAGACCUCGAGCGGGCUUGUAAGGAGCAUUUUCACAAACGGUGUUGGGGAAUCGGGCUCGGUUUAAGUUUUCGGGUUGUGGCUCUCGGUCCCAACUUCCGGAAACUAUCGAUCGAACAUAUUGUAUCUUCGUAUAACAAGACAAAUAGUCGGUUGAUUUUGCUUGAUUAUGAUGGCACUAUAAUGCCACGGGCUUUGGUUGAUAAAACGCCGAGUAAAGAAGUUAUUUCCGUAUUAAACGCAUUAUCAAACGAUCCGAAGAAUGUCGUGUUCAUUGUGAGUGGUCGAGGGAAGGAUUCACUCGGCAAGUGGUUUAAUUCAUGUCAGAAACUCGGUUUGUCGGCUGAACAUGGUUAUUUUACGAGGUGGAAUGGGGACUCCGAAUGGGAAUCUUGUGGCCUAACGGUGGAUGUUGGGUGGAAGAAGGUGGCGUUGCCCGUGAUGGAGCAUUAUACCGAGGCAACCGAUGGUUCAUUUAUUGAGCAAAAAGAAAGCGCGUUGGUAUGGCAUCACCAAGAAGCCGAUCCCGACUUCGGGACUUGGCAGGCUAAAGAGUUGCUGGACCAUCUCGAGAGCGUACUUGCUAACGAGCCCGUUGUAGUGAAACGUGGACAACAAAUCGUCGAAGUGAACCCGCAGGGUGUGGGCAAGGGAGUGGUGGUGGAUCGGCUCGUCACAACAAUGCAAAACAACGGAAAACCGCUCGAUUUCAUUUUGUGCAUCGGUGACGACCAAUCAGACGAGGACAUGUUUGAGAAAGUCUCGAGUUCGGUUGCAAAUGGGAUCGCCGAAGUAUUUGCCUGCACCGUGGGCCAGAAGCCGAGCAUGGCGAAAUACUAUCUUGACGACACAGUAGAUGUCAUCAAGAUGCUUCACGGGCUCGAAGCAACUUCCGCACAUGUUUCAAAAAGUAUCGGGUUUCACGUCGAAACCCGAAAUUAGAAAUACACAAGAUAGAAUUGAAUCUUAGGAUACAGCAAACCCCAUAUUUCCAGAGCUAGAAUAAUGAAAUCCAAAACAAUGUCCAAUAUUUACCACAUCCAGUACAAGAUGUUGUUGCAUGAGCCAUCUGGAUUUAAUGGUUUUGGCUCUGGGAAAAAUGGAUUUUACCUUUUGUACAGACCAUACACAUACAGAUUGUUCUCAAUAAUUACUAAGUUGAUUUUUUUACAAAUUUU